GUGGUACUUGGAGCGACGCGCGACGCACGCGCAAACCACGCCUCCGCCACUUCAGUUGUUUCGUGGGAAUCCACAGCGGCGCGCGUGUUUUGGUGAAAUCUUCUUCCACGUCGAAAGAAAAGGCUACAUGUUCUCGCAACUACUCGGCAUUCCAACAUGUCCAAUCACAGGGACCAUAGUAAACAGAGACGGAACGAUCAUCUGCUGAAACACUUGCCAACCGAAGUCCUCUUGAAAGCCAGAAGCACCCUUGUAUCACUCGGAGGAGCUUUGAAGUCUAAACAAGACAAUCAAAAUCGUUCGAAAACACUUAAACAAGAGACAAAAGAUAAAAAAAAUCAAGAAAGGUUAAAAAGCAGCCGUUCGGAACCUGAGUUUAAUGAUGUCCGAAAGAAACACCGAAGCAGGAUCGAAGAGAGUUCUUCUCGCGAAUUUUCAAGUAGUGUGAGACCCAGGCCUCUGUCAGUCGGAGCGACAAAGCGAUACGAUAAGGAUAUAGAAGACUGGCAUUGUGGUAGUUUUCUGAAAGACCCAUCACCUCUACGUCAACGACAAUUUGAUUCAACGGAGGAAGUGUGUGUUCAAUCUCGGCUUGUUAUACCUGUUAUUGAAAGACUUGGCAAUCCAGAUGUCCCUAUGCAGGAUGUCAGCGAAAGACCGCGAAAGAAGCUUUCCUUUCGUGAACCUUGUGAGGUGGUCGGAAGUAGCAGUGCUACUCUCGGUCGCUCCAGCAAACUAAUGGGGGUGAACAGUCUAACCAGGCGACCGAAUAGAGUAUCACUGCGUACGGAUACACGCUCUUCCAGUCUAGAAGGAUUAGAUUCUGACUUAGAAAGCCAAGCCAUGAGGAUUGUGCGCACCGUUGGUCAAGCAUUUGAGGUUUGCCACAAAAUGCAAACAAACACUCCUGAUCAGCCCGCUCCUUCCACAUCCUCAGCCGUAGACGACAUCGUGCACGUGGACCGCGCCAGCGACAUCCCACCCUCCAAAGAAGGUGCGUCAGAUUGCGGUGCUUCGGAGUCCGCUGCCUCGACCUCCAAGGGGAUUGUGGAGGAGGGAGCCGUCGGAGGGAGAGAGGAGCCAAAAAGACCCACCAAUUUGGAACUACUGCCGCCCCCGCCAAGGAAGGAAGGAAAACGUUCUCCACAGCGGACAAUCGCUGCACCCAGUAUUAAUCUGCCCGAGCUGCCGGAAUGCGUGACUAAAGUCGACCUAACUCCGGGAGUCGACACCGUUGGUGAUACUACGCCGCUCAGUGCUCAACACCAGCUCCAACUCUUGAAAGAGCGCCUGGAGCAACAGGCGCAGCAAACGCGCGCUGCUGUUGCCCAGUUGCUGUUGCUGCGCGAUCAACUUGCUGCUGAGCAGGCUGCUCGUUGCGAGGCUCAGGCGCGUACUCACCAGCUGUUGGUUCACAACAAGGAGUUGCUUGAGCACAUCGCUGCUUUGGUUUCACACUUGCAGGAGCGAGAGAAAGGAUCCACCCGACCAAUCAGCGCUCAGCAACUGACAUUCUUGCCUCAGGCUGAAGGAGGUGUGAACGAGGCAAAAGCUGAUAAUACGGCAUCCAACGGGAACAAGCAAGCGGCCAACUCAGAUGCCCUUAUUAAUCUAUUUGCUCCAACCACUAAAGGCAAUCAGAGCGUCGAGAACAAUAACUUACGUUUAUCACCGUUCUCCUUGUCUCCGGCACCCGAAUUAGCUAAUGGAGCCACCUCAGCGCCAUGUUUCGGCGGGAUGACCAACGAGCAAAUACAGAACUAUCUGAUAUCAAAGUUCCAAGACAUGGGCGGAUUCCCCAACGGCAAUGACCGCAAGCCAAGCAUUAACGCUAAUCAACAGUUUUUCCAAAACUGCAACGCAUUCCCGCAUAUCCCACCACUGACAAACCACUACAGCAGCAAUGACUUAGCCAGCUUACUGAACCAUCAGGCCUACAAAGAUCUAUGUGGGUCUGAUCAACUCGGUGCUACUGCUGCUCAGGCUAUGAGCCUGGGCCAAUCCGAAAAUUCAUUGUGCAGCAACAGCCAGGCCACUACAUCCAAGGAUUCGUCCCCAGAAGGAUUCAGCUCUGACGAUGGUUUGCCAUUCAUUAUGCCACUGUCUCAUAAUGGUACUCUGACUGCUACUGACGAUGAUGGCCGUAUUAGACUUAUUGUGCCGGUUAGUCCCUCAGAGAGUACUUCAGAAGUAGCAGUUGAGGUUCAUCCUGAGCCUCAGACAUCGUCAGGCCACACGUUGAACGUUCCGGGAGCAGAUUGCCCGUCGGCCCCGGGUGCUCCCAUCACGCGCAGUACAAGCGAGAAAGUACCCAACCGUAGCGAGAUGAUGACAGCGCUGCGAUCGCAAUGGACAAGACACACCACCAAGUAAACGACUAUAAUCAACGCGGCCGAUUCAAAGUUGUAUUGUUAUGAAUCUUCAAAGAAACCAAAUGUCUCGCGUCUUUGCAUCUUCAAUGAGCGAUGCAAAUUUUUAUUAAGUUUAUAAUUUUAAAAUGUCUACAAUGUUGUUUUAUAUUGUUUCAAUUUUAUAUGUAAGUAUAAAUGUCGUACCUAACGACUUUUUAAAGGUGCCAAAUUUAAAGCCACUUCAAAUAUUGACUGGCGUAAAUUAUUAUUAGAUUAGAAUAUUAUAAUGAACUUUGUUUACAUAUCAUGACAUGUAGCUACCUAUUCUAGUCCGAAACGCUAUAUUGUUUUAUUUUUGUUAUAAAAUGAGUACUUACGUAUCAAGGAAACAUAUCCUUUAUCAUAUCGGUAUUAAAAUAGGGUUUAGUUUUAUAGGUCAUAUUGUUAGAAUGAAGUGCGAAGCACUCCCAUAUUUAUGCUUCGAUACGCCAUAAAAUACUGAUAUCGACCAGCUUAUUUAUAGCACCGAAUACAAGAUUUUAUUUCGCGUAAGAUUGCAUCUUAAGGCACACAAAUUAUCUGAAUUUGGAAGCAUUUCAUCUAAAAUGAAAUUUAUGUUGGUGACCAUGCUUUUAAAAUACUUUCGCAAAAUAAACCGAUAUAACCAUGACACCGAGUUAAGUUAAUUCUCAUUUUACGUAGUAUAAAGAGCCAGUAUAAGUACCUGGAUAUUAUUAAGAUAUUUAAUUAUUUAUUACAUAACCUAAUUGCAAUAAUCAUUAUACCUACUCUCAAAUCCCAAUGAUACAGAAAACUAUUGCCAAAUGUAAAGCCAACGUAGGAGUUAUUAUAAGAUUAUUACUUUUUAUUUAAAGUAAAUGUUGAAGAAUACGUAUAUAUAUAUAUGGACCAAAGGCUCACAAUUUCACUAAUAACAGGUUUCAUAAAAUACAAUAAUUAUGGAAUUAUCGUAUUUUUUUAGAAAAGCAGAAUUGCCACGGUCGUUUUGCAGAAUAUAUCCACAUCAGCGUAUGCAACUCUUACAACAUAGUAAGACAUAUAAUGAUCUUACUAAUGUAGCAAUUUCAGUAUUACUAUUAAAUUUUAAAAAAAUAUUACUAGAUACCUACUGUCGAAUUUCCAUUUUAGAAUCUGAUUGUACGCGUACUCAUAUAUUAUCCGAAUAUAUUAUGUAGGUGUUAUAAAUUACCGUUUCACGUUAUGACUUCUCACUAUACAUGUGUAGAUUAUUUGAAAUUUUAUUAACAUAAUAUCUAAUGGACAUCAUAUCGAUCUAAAAUGAUCCCAAAGACAACCUAAUAAGGGGAACAUUAACACCGUUAAUAUAAUUAUUAAAGUUUUAUUCUUCAUAAUCUUGAUGUAUCAACUAUAUUUAACAUACCCUUUCUAAAGUAGCAUUCGUUGUCAAGCAAAUCUAUACGUAGCCGAGUAUAAAUGUGUAGAAUUUAAAUGUAUUAAAAAGUCUUUAUGGUAAUUCAGUAGUCAGAGUUGAUUAAACGUGUAUAUUCAAAGCUUCAGUAGAAAAUACAUGUUGCAAGGUAUUUAUCGAAAACAUUAUAUUACAAUUAUAUGAUUAUCGUAACAUAUGUAGAAAAAAUAUAACUAUUUAACUAUAAUUGUCUACUACGUAUAAUAUGCUUGCGAAACAAAUAGUCAAAGAAUAAUCGUGAUCGAGCAAUAUAUUACUCUCAUGUAGCUUAAAAUUAUGGAAAUUAGUUAAUGCAUGUUAAAAUUACCGAGACGGUGUGAGUGUUCCUUGCACACCUAUGUUAAAUGUAUCGCCAAAUACUCUUAAAUAAAAAAUAGCUGUGAAAUGUGUAGUCACAAAUUUUAAUGUUCCGUGUUUGAUGUCUACUUACCAUGUAAUAGAAAAGUAUUAAUAGCCACAUAAUAUUAAUUAUGGUAUCAUUCCAUUUCAUUGUAACUACCUAUUCGUGUGAAAAUAAAAGUACAUUACAAAUG